AUGGACGAUAGCAAAGGGCUAGGUGAGUGGCUCGAUGCACUUGAGUGGGGCGACAAUGAUGAGGUGCGCAGCGAAGUAGGCCCUCUUGACGUGGAUCCAAACCAAAAGGUCGAAAAUAUUGAUGACAAAGGUAACCUACCCUCACUUUUUCCGAUGACUCUCAAGGAGUUCUACGCGAUUCGCUCCGACUUUGUAGUUAAACUCCUGGCAUGGAGCGGUGGCCUCCCAAGUCAGACCACUGCAGAGAUGGCUGAAGUCCUCGAGUACAUGGCAGAUGACUUUGAUCAUUUCAAGGCCCUAGCUACCGACAAGACUGGCGCUUGCUUUCCUAUCAAGUGUGAUCUUAUCAAGAAAGAGCUGCUGGGCGUCAUAAAGCAGAUCCGAGACAGCCCGGAAAUUAGCCUUGAGACAGAGGAGAUUAUGGACUACCUUGGGCGGGCUAUUGGUAGACUCACGACCAAAGGCCUGGACUAUUUUGAACCUGAUGCCGAAGCAGUGGAGAUGGAGGCGAGGAUGGCAAAGAUCCACUCACAGAACGUAUGGGAUAUGCAAGAUAUGGGUUGGGGCGAAGAAGUCGAGCAGCUGCGUAAAACGCUUUGGACUUCUUAUGUUAACCUAAAUUUUUCUAUGUCAGGUUGUGGAUGUUUCCAGUGCAAAAGAGUCUGGCCGGAUGAGAUCGAAUUGCGGCGCGCAGAAUGA